AUGGUAUAUGCCCUAAUCGGCUACUUUCUUCUGAAACGACUCAUUCUCGAGCACAUUUACAUUGAUCACCGUGGAAAGUAUGUGUUCAUCACUGGCUGUGACAGCGGUUUCGGUCGAUUACUUGCACUUAAAUUACUGAAAAUGGGAGUGAACGUGUUCGCCGGAUGUUACACCGAAAAU